CGUACUUAGUUAUUCUUGCCUGCUUCACAGCGGUGCGAGAACCAAAGCAGAGGAAAGAAAGCUUUUCUAGCUAAUUGAAAUACACGUUAUCUGCUGUUGUUUCAGGCUGGUGCCAGCACCUGUUGAUGGAGUCUAUGGUCCAGUGAGAUGACUGACCAGGGCAACAACAACCAAAACAUCUCCCGCAACCCCUUCGCUGCCCUUUUCAGCUCCCUCGCCGACGCCAAGCAGUUUGCAUCGGGCCAGAAACCACCUUUGCACCAUGGUGAACCACCAUUGGAGGACUCGGAGGGAAGUCAGUCCGAGUCGGAGAACUCAGACAGCAUCGAGGACAAUGACGACUCGGUGGCCGAGAUCAGCCGCUCCUUCCUGUCGCGGCAGGAGCUGUGCGAACAGCUCAACAUCAACCACAUGAUCCAGAGGAUCUUCCUCAUCACCUUGGACAACAGUGACCCCAGUCUGAGAGGAGGCAAUGGGAUUCCUCCACGCUGUGUGUUCCUGGAGGAAAUGGCCGCUGAGAUGGACGGUCAAGACUGGCUGGACAUGGACAACAUCGAGCAGGCACUCUUCAACAGAUUAUUGAUGCUGGAGCCAGGAAACCACCUCAUCUACAUGACCUCGUGUAAUGCUGUGAAUCUCUCUGCCGACCGAGACGCCGGGGACAAGUGCGCCAUACCGUUCCUCUACGCCUGCUACCAGAGAGCCAAAGAAGAGGUCACCAAGGUACCGGAGAAGCUGCUGUCGUACGCAGUGCGCUGUAAGAACCUGACGGUGUCCAACACGCGCACGGUCCUGCUCACCCCCGAGAUCUACAUCAGACAGAACGUGUACGAGCAGCUACUGGAUUUGCUGCUAGAGGGAGUCGGCGGAGCCCAGCUGGACGAGGUGGUGGAGUUCGUGGAGGAGGUGAUCGCUGGCCUGUUGGCUGACCAGGAGGUGCGCACCUUCAGCGAGGUGAUCGGGCCCGUGCUCGAUAUCUUCCAAGGCCGUGUGAAAGACUUGGAUCUCUGCCAGCUGCUACUCUUCUCCUACCUGGACCUGCUCCUCUACUUCAGCCGCCAAAAAGACAUCGCUACGGUAUUGGUGGAGCACAUCCAACCCAAAGAUCCCAACAAUGGGCUUCAGUAUCAGAAGACCCUCCUUGGCACUGUGUUGAGUAUCUCUUGUCUGCUGAAGACCCCGGGGGUGGUGGAGGGUCACGGCUUCUUCCUCAACCCCUCACGCUCCAGUCCACAAGAAAUGAAGGUGCAGGAGUCCAACAUACACCAGUUCAUGGGCCAGUUCCAUGACAAGCUGCACCAGCUCCUGAAGAACCUGCUGCAGCAGUCAGGUGAGACGCGCCACCUGCUGCUCUCCUGGCUGGGCGGCUGCCUGCAGGCCAACGCCGGGCGCACCAAGAUCUGGGCCAACCAGAUGCCCGAGAUCUUCUUCCAGAUGUACGCCUCAGACGCCUUCUUCCUCAACCUGGGCGCCGCGCUGCUCAAGCUGUGCCAGCCCUUUUGCCGGCCGCGCUCGCCCAAGCUGCUCACCUUCAACCCCACCUACUGCGCCCUCAAGGAGCUCAGCGAGGAGGAGCGGCGCAACCGCAACGUGCAUGCCAGAGGUCUGUGUGUGUGCACGUUUGUAUGUGCGCUCUUGCAUAUGCGUGCACGUCUGGACAAAGAGACGUGUCUCGUCCCACUUCCCCCCCAGCAGUCGGUGGAGUACGCCCAGUCGUACAGCCUCCUCACUGAGAACCUCAUCCUCACCCAGAUGACCCUUCACCUGGGCUUCCACAGACUCCACGAGCAGAUGGUGAAGAUGAACCAGUCGCUCCACCGGCUGCAGGGUACGUGGCGGGAGGCCCAGCUCACGGGUGGCCCGGCGGCCGAGCAGCUCCGCGAGCAGUUUGAGCGCCUCAUGACGGUCUACCUGUCGACCAAGGCAGCAGCCACCCAGCCGGGCAUGCUGCAGUGCUGCCUCAACCUGCAGGCAUCCAGCGCCACACUCCUGGUUCAACUGGGCCUCAGCAACCAGGGGCCCGAGCACGCCCAGCUCUCCUUCCCCCUGCCGCCGCUACACAACAGCCUGCUCUGUCACAUGCCAGAGUUCUUUGCGGAGAACUUGGGAGAUUUCUUUGUCUUCCUCCGCCGCUUCGCCGACGAGGUCCUGGAGUCUUCUGCCGACAGCUUGGAGCAGGUCCUCAACUUCAUCACUGUGUUCAUGGGAAACGUGGAGAGGAUGAAGAACCCUCAUUUGCGGGCGAAGCUGGCAGAGGUGCUGGAGGCGGUGAUGCCCCACAUGGAACCGGCGUCGGCUGGCACAGCCCAGCCAAUCAUGUUCCAGCGUCAAAGGGUCUUCUGCUCCUACCACCAUGCACCUCACCUGGCUGAGGCACUCAUUGCUGUGUUUGUGGACAUUGAGUUCACUGGUGACCCUCACCAGUUUGAACAGAAGUUCAACUACAGGAGACCUAUGUAUCCCAUCCUCAAGUUCAUGUGGGGGAAGGAGAGCUACAGAGAGAGCAUUAAGAGUCUUGCUGUUUAUGCAUCCGAGAACCUCGAGGCCAUGAAUCCUCCACUCUUCCUGCGGUAUCUGAAUCUCCUGAUGAACGACGCCAUCUUCCUACUCGACGAAGCUAUACAGUACCUGAGCAAGAUUAAGCUUCUGCAGCUGGAGAAGGACCAUGGCGAGUGGGAGGGCCUGGCUCCUGAUGCCCUCAGGGAGAAGGAGUCCAGUCUGCAUAUGUUGGGACAGCUGGCACGCUUCCAUAACAUCAUGUCCAACGAGACCAUCGGCACACUGGCUUUCCUCACAUCGGAGAUCAAGUGUAUUUUUGUGCACCCUUUCAUGGCCGAGAGGAUCAUCUCCAUGCUCAACCACUUCCUGCAGCACCUGGUUGGCCCCAAGAUGGGCGCCCUGAAGGUGAAAGACUUCAGCGAGUUUGACUUCAAGCCUCAACAACUGGUCUCCGAUAUCUGCACCAUCUACCUUAACCUGGGUGAUGAAGAGAAUUUCUGUGCCACUGUCCCAAAAGACGGGCGCUCCUACUCUCCCACGCUCUUCUCUCAGACUGUCCGAGUCCUGAAGAAGAUCAACAAGCCCGGAGAAGUUAUUGUUGGUUUCGGUCUCCUUGCUGACAAAAUAAAGUCUCAUGCAGACCGACAGCUGCAGGAUGAGGAAACGUACGCGGACGCCCCAGACGACUUCCUGGACCCCAUUAUGUCCACACUGAUGCUCGACCCUGUGCUGCUCCCCUCCUCCAAUGUCACGGUUGAUCGCUCGACCAUAGCACGGCAUUUACUCAGUGAUCAGACAGACCCGUUCAACCGCAGUCCACUCACAAUGGAUCAGAUCCGGCCCAACGAGGAGCUGAAGCAACAGAUCUUACAGUGGCUGGCCCAGCAUAAGCAGGAGCGGCUGCAGAUGGGCCCUAGUGGCUAGCCCUGGGAUCUUCUCAAACAAACUAUGAUUGUACCAUACCUUCCCUCACCUCCUUUACCGGCAGUAGUAUGCUCCACUUUGACUCAUCCAUGUGUGCUUGCCUUCAAGCUUCGGACUUCAAACCACGUGAGACAUUGGUUUCUCCCUCUCAUGCAGCGCACAUCACUCAAAUACCCUCACUGGUCAAUGGAAGAUCCCAUGUCUCAAAAACUGUCAAGAGAGCAGGUAGUGGUGCAAUUGAAAACCGAGUUGCACUGCUACAUUCAUGUGCCCUAUGGUGGUUUUAGAAUGUUGCCCCCUGCUUCAGAGAAUAUGCUGUUUACCAUUAGUGGUUGCAGUCUGGUCAGAACCACUGGUCUAACUGGACAAUAGUCGUUUAGGAAUUCCUAAAUGAAUAUCAGCUCUGCCAAAUGUUUUAUAUUUUAAAAGUAGGCAAAGCAUACUGAACAUGGACUUCAGAACAAGAAAAUGUCAUAUGUCUUAUUAAUUGCCCCGUGUCUCUAUAGUAACCCUAAGGUCAAUAUGCACUACGAACCUAAACAACAUUAUCUAACGUUAUUUAGCAUUUACAAUUGAAAUAAUGUCUUAUGCAAGCAUAUACAGUGCCUUGCGAAAGUAUUCGGCCCCCUUGAACUUUGCGACCUUUUGCCACAUUUCAGGCUUCAAACAUAAAGAUAUAAAACUGUAUUUUUUUGAAGAAUCAACAACAAGU